CCCUGAUAUGUUCACUGCUUUUAAUAACCCUAAACAACUUUUGAGCCUUGUAAAAUCAAAAACAAAAAGUCUCGCUCGCAAUUGUAUUUUCGUUUGACGUUUUAUUUAUUUGAUGUUAAGAAUGGCUGUCAAAGAAAAACAAUCCGACUCCACUGAGGAAAUCGAGUGGAAUGUGGAAAAUGAAAUACAACUUUUCUUUGCAAUGAAUGGUCACAAACCAGUUGGAGUAAACAAAUAUUUCCACAUGGUUUGCAUUUGGGAGAAAUUUCGUGCUGCUAUUCACAAGGAAGUGUCCUUGAAAACAAUUUGGGAUCACUUGGAGUCAAUGUACGAUUUAAUGUCACUGGAUGAUAUGGAGGAUUUUCCGUUUCCCAGCAACGAAGCCGAUUUCAGUCUUCCCGAAGCGGAAUUUCAGGAUAUAAUUAAGUACCGUCAGGAAGAGCAAGAGGCUAAGUUGAAGGAGCAAAAGGAGAAGCAAAAAGAGGUGAAAAAGGAGAAAGAAGUUAAGGAACCAGUGAAAAAGGAAAUACCCCGGGAAACAAAAACUCCAAAGGAGAUUGAAAAGAAAAAGGAGGAAGUGAAAAAAGUUGCCAAAGAACCGGAAGUUAAGAAGGAGAAACAAAAGGAAGUCAAGGAUGUUAAAAAGGAACAAAAAACACCCGCCAAAGGCAGAUUAAAAGGAAAGGACGAACAAGAAGAACCAGUCGUUGUUAUCAAGAAAGAGCGCAAAGAAUCGGAAUCAAAUCGAGAAGGCCCAAAGAGAGCGCCAAAACGACCAACGAGACAAAGUAUUGAUAGUUCAUCUAAAGCAUCUUCUAGUCCUCGCGAUACGCCACCUCCGAAACGUCGAAGAAUUUAAAUUGACUGUUUUGUAUCUAUUUUAUAAAAAAUGUUACCUAGAAUAGUUUUACAAUACUAUGAAUAAAUUUUACUGUUAACUUUUAA